CCUAUUACGUAACUCCGUGAUUUGCUCCUUCAACGACGUCUGGAUACAGAAACAAGGCAUUAUUCUCAUUAAAAGUUCAUUUCUGAAUAUGACAGUUGUGCGGCUAAAUAAUUAAAUAAAAUAUGAAAUAACUGCCCGGCGUUACGUUCCGAAGCGGUUGGGCGUCUAUGAAGUGGCUGAGCCGCAUUGUCGGAUUCAGCAUGUGCGCGUCUGUGAAGUACAGCUCCCGGGGUCCGGCUCUCAUCCCGCGCAUGAAGACCAAACACCGCAUCUACUACAUCACCCUCUUCUCGGUGGUGCUCCUGGGCCUCAUCGCCACUGGCAUGUUCCAGUUCUGGCCGCACUCCAUCGAGUCCACAGCGGACUGGAGCGUGGACCGGCGCAGCUUGCGUGAUGCACCACUGGUGCGCCUGCCCGUGGCCAGCUCCAUCCCGGAGAGGGGCGACCUCAGCUGUCGCAUGCACACCUGCUUCGACGUCUACCGCUGCGGCUAUAACCCCAAGAACCGCAUCAAGGUGUACAUCUACCCCUUCCAGCACUAUGUGGACGAGGUGGGAGGCCCCAUUAGCAGCAUUGGGCUCACGCGUGAGUACAAUGACCUGCUGAGUGCCAUUUCCGACAGCGACUUCUACACGGACGACGUGAGCCGCGCCUGCCUGCUCAUCCCCUCCAUCGACGUGCUGAACCAGAACUCGCUUCGUAUCCGUGAGACCGCCCAGGCCCUGGCCAUGCUGCCCCGGUGGGAUAGAGGAAUGAACCACCUGCUGUUUAACAUGCUGCCUGGGGGCCCCCCUGACUACAACACUGCUUUGGACGUGCCCAGAGACCGGGCCCUACUUGCCGGCGGUGGAUUCUCUACAUGGACCUACCGGCAAGGCUAUGACGUCAGCAUUCCCGUCUACAGCCCCCUAUCGGAGGUGGAUCUGCCAGAGAGGCAGGGAGGGCCCCGGCGUUACUUCAUCCUGUCGGCGCAGAUGGCCGUGCACCGCGAGUACCGUGCCGAGCUGGAGAGGCUGAAGGAGGAGAACGGAGAAGCCGUGCUCCUGCUGGACAAGUGCAGCAACCUCUCCCAGGAUGACGUCUUCGCCCGCAAGCGCUGCUACCGCAGCCAAGUGUUCGACUAUCCCCAGAUCCUGCAGGAAUCCUCUUUCUGCGUGGUGCUGCGGGGGGCGCGCCUCGGACAGACUGCCCUCAGUGACGUGCUGCAGGCUGGCUGUGUCCCCGUCAUCCUGGCCGACUCCUACAUUUUGCCCUUCUCCGAGGUUCUGGACUGGAAGCGGGCGUCUGUGGUCAUUCCAGAAGAAAAACUUCCGGAGAUGUACACCAUCCUGAAGAGCAUCCCUCACAGACAGGUGGAAGAGAUGCAGAGACAGGCUCACUGGUUCUGGGAGGCUUAUUUCCGCUCUAUGAAGGCCAUCGGCCUCACGACGCUACAGAUCAUUAACGACCGUAUCUACCCCUAUGCAGCACACACCUACGAGCAGUGGAACAACCCACCCGUAGUGAAAUGGUCGAGCGUAAACAGCCCCCUCUUCCUGCCUCUGAUCCCCCCUCGCUCUCCGGGCUUCACCGCUGUGGUGCUGACCUAUGACCGCGUCGAGAGCCUCUUCCGCGUCAUCACCGAGAUCUCCAAGGUGCCUAGCUUGGCCAAACUGCUGGUGGUGUGGAACAACCAGAACAAGAGCCCACCUGAAGAGUCGCUUUGGCCAAAGAUCGCUGUCCCACUCAAAGUGGUGCGGACCAAGGAGAACAAACUGAGCAACCGCUUCUUUCCCUACGACGAAAUUGAGACCGAGGCUGUAUUGGCCAUUGAUGAUGACAUCAUCAUGCUGACCUCGGACGAACUGCAGUUUGGUUAUGAGGUGUGGCGGGAGUUUCCUGACAGGCUGGUGGGGUACCCUGGCCGACUACACCUAUGGGAUCACGAGAUGGGCAAGUGGAAGUAUGAGUCUGAGUGGACCAACGAAGUUUCCAUGGUGCUCACUGGAGCAGCCUUCUACCACAAGUAUUUUAACUACCUGUACACAUACAAGAUGCCAGGUGACAUCAAGAACUGGGUGGAUGCCCAUAUGAAUUGUGAGGAUAUCGCUAUGAAUUUCCUUGUGGCUAACAUCACUGGCAAGGCCCCUAUCAAGGUCACCCCCCGGAAGAAGUUCAAGUGUCCUGAGUGUACGGCUAUCGACGGGCUGUCUUUGGACCAGACCCACAUGGUGGAGAGGUCGGAGUGCAUCAACAAGUUUGCCUCUGUGUUUGGGACCAUGCCGCUCAAGGUAGUGGAGCACCGGGCCGACCCAGUCCUCUACAAGGACGACUUCCCUGAGAAGCUGAAGAGCUUUCCCAACAUCGGGAGCCUCUGAAUAGAGACCUCUGGAUGUUCGCCCCUUGGUCCUCUGCCACAGCAUCUCGUUCCCACCCUCAAUCAGACCCUACCUUCAGGCUGUUUCUGUUUCAGAUCCCACCUCUUAACCAUUCCAACAAAUUGUUUUUUGUUUUAUUUGGAGGCAAAUGACUUGUCUACCCAGUGCAGUUCUUAGAUUCCACAGAGGAAGCACAUUGAGGUUAGAGGCGCAAGGUAGCCCUUCUCUUAAGUGGUUCCCAAAGACACUAAAGAAUCAGGCUCCAUCAUGGGUUCACAUAUGAAACCUGGUAACAAUGAAUGAAUGAAUGAGUGAGUGUGUGUGAGUGUGCGUGAGUGAGGUGGAAAAACAGCAUUAUCCUAACAA